UGCGUUGGACUUCCAGAGCAUGGCUUCGAUGGAGGUCGAAGGCCUUCAGAGUAUCCCUAAGGGUGCGGUCCCACCUAUAGGAGGAGAUAUAGCCAUGGUGGGUGCAGAAGGUACUGCCACGCCCGGUCCUCAAGCAGGAGGGGAAGAGGAAACGGACAAGCAAAACCGUUCUCCUCCUCCCUCGCAAACUAAUUAUUGGAUUGAAGAGGAGCGUGUUCGAGAUAUGUUGUCUAGAUGCUUUGAUGCAGGCAUGUUACCCUCAGGAUGGGAUAUAGGCGAAAUGAAAGAGGAGGGUCAGAACGCCCAUUUCACUUUGAAUCCUUCACUGGACGAAAUUAAGGUGAAGUGGUUAAAAGAGAGGACGGUUACAGUGAUCUUCCAGGAAGGUUCAAAAAACCUUCCGAAAAAGAUCAAGGAAGAUGUAAUCAGAGCGUUUGAGAAUAUCUGGAUUGGAGAGGGCAGGUUUGAUUCAACGAUCACUAGAGGCCGGGUGUGCAUUGAGUCGAGCAAUGUGCUAUCGUACGUUGCAAAGGACUGGAAAGUUGUGGAGUGGAUGUUAGAGGAACAGGAAGCUCGAGUCUCGCUUAGAGGGAGAUGGCACAGCAUCAUAUUUAAACCUUGGAUGACCAAGGUGGAGAUCCAGGAGGCUAAGAACGAGGCGGAUAGGAAUUAUUUCUGGAUACGUAUUUUGGAUGUCCCGUUGGAUGCCUUCUGCUAUCUCGAGUCGUCGGUGGAACAAGCAAUAGGUACAGUACAGAAGGUGUAUCCGUCAGAGAAGGAUGCACGUACCCCACAGUUAAUCAAUGUUCGAAUGGAUAUUGAUGUGGAUUUUCUGCCAAGAGUGAAGGAGUUAAUCUCCUUCACUACGUACCAGGGUCAACUUAUCGAGUUGAAGGUGGCGAACGCUUUGACUCCCUGGUGCAGUACGUGCAGAAGAUAUUUUCACCGAGCGGAGGACUGCAUACGUACGAGACGGCGCCGCGGCUCAAGUCCGCAUCGGCAGCAAAGUCCGACUCCAAGUUCCUCUUCGAGCGCAUCGUCAAGCGUACCACCCAGCGAAGGCAGUGGCCGGCGUAAUUCGCCGAGCAGCCCCAGGUCCAGUCAAGGGAGGGAUCGGCAGCCUUCGGCAAGCCGUUCGGGCGGGCGCUCUGUUAGAUCUCAUAAGUCGUCAUCUCGAGGCAAAUCCCCAGUGGAGUUAGUAGAGCGUCGGAGUAAACAACCUACGUACAAAGGAAAGCUGGCGCCCGGGAGUGUUGGCGGAGGCGGCACUCCAGAUCAGCCCCAGGGCGUAUCGAUGAGAGAGAAUCCUAUGUUUUCACCUGGUAUGGGCAAUAUGGAUGCCCUGCUACAUGCUGCAAGGAGAAGUCAACGUGUGGACUCAGUGGCGGCUCGAGGGCGCAAGGAUGCUGGGAAUAUUCCCUCCUCGCAGGGAGGGGGUCCAGAGAAGUCGCAAGGUUCAAAACAGGAGAGCGGGAACCCAAGGCUGACGCCAACCAAGCUGCGUCGAAGACUCAGUGAAGACAUGAGUGAACUUCGAAUCCAAGAAUUGGAGGACCAACAUUCGCCUCAUCGAGAGUCAAGCAUCCAACAGGGUCAAUGGGACAGUACCACGGGCAAGAGAAGCAGACAGCCUACGAAUGCGAAAGCUUUGGAUCGGGAGUGGGCUAACGGGGUAGAUUCAGGGGUGGGGUUCUUACGAAGAGCAGAGAGCUCGAUACUGGGAAGUACAGUACAGCUAGCGUAGCCUAAGCUGCUCACUGAUUGGUUAACCAAAGCUGGGCAAUGAG